GUCUUCCUGCUGAGCCAGGCCAUGCUGACCACAGUGCUGCUGAGCUGUGCCCUGCUGCUGGCUAUACCUGUCAUGAGGGGGGCCCAGAUGGGCUUGGCUCCUCUGGAGGGCAUCGGAAGGCCUGAACAAGCCUUGUUCCUAGAGCUCCAAGGCCUGGGCCUGCAGCCCCCGCUGAAGAGAACAAAUGCAGAACAGGCAGAAGAGGCCCUGCUGCAGGAGGCUAAGGCCAAGGCCUUAGCAGAGGUGCUAGAUCCGGAAGGACGCAAGCCGCGCUCCCCACGUCGCUGUGUAAGGCUGCAUGAGUCCUGUCUGGGACACCAGGUAUCAUGCUGUGACCCAUGUGCCACGUGCUACUGCCGUUUCUUCAAUGCCUUCUGCUACUGCCGCAAGCUGGGUACUACCACCAACCCCUGCAGCCGAACCUAGCUGGCCGUCGUCGGGGUCAGGGCUGGGACGGGGGGCGUGA